AUGGGUGACAGCACGAUGGCCCAGCUCGGCUCGACCGCGCUCAACAACUCGUCGCCAAAGAAGGUUGCAUACUUCUACGAUUCGGAUAUCGGAAACUAUGCCUACGUCACCGGCCAUCCCAUGAAGCCUCACAGAAUUCGCCUGGCGCACAGUCUCAUCAUGCAGUACAAUCUAUACCAAAAAAUGGAAAUUUAUCGUGCCAAACCGGCGACAAGAGGCGAAAUGACACAAUUUCACACCGACGACUACAUUGAUUUCCUUCAAAAGGUUACCCCUGAUAACAUGGACAGCUACAUGCGCGAGCAGGGCAAGUAUAACGUCGGUGACGAUUGCCCUGUUUUUGAUGGUCUGUUUGAAUUUUGUGGCAUCAGUGCCGGUGGAAGUAUGGAAGGUGCUGCGCGUCUGAACCGACAGAAAUGCGAUAUCGCAAUUAACUGGGCUGGUGGUCUUCACCACGCCAAAAAGUCCGAAGCUAGUGGGUUCUGCUAUGUGAACGAUAUUGUUCUCGGCAUCCUGGAGCUCCUCCGGUUCAAAAAACGUGUGCUGUAUAUCGACAUCGAUGUUCACCACGGCGAUGGUGUGGAAGAGGCAUUCUAUACCACCGAUCGAGUCAUGACCGUGUCCUUCCACAAGUAUGGCGAAUAUUUCCCAGGAACUGGAGAGCUUCGCGACAUUGGUAUUGGCCAGGGCAAGAACUAUGCAGUCAACUUCCCCCUCCGCGACGGUAUCACGGACGAAUCAUACAAGUCAAUCUUCGAGCCGGUCAUUGAAAAUGUCAUGAAAUACUUCCAGCCCGAGGCUGUAGUUCUCCAAUGCGGUGGCGAUAGUCUGUCUGGUGACAGGCUAGGCUGCUUCAAUCUGAGCAUGGAUGGCCAUGCCAACUGUGUCAACUAUGUCAAAAGCUUUGGCCUACCCACCCUGGUCCUUGGCGGAGGAGGUUACACAAUGCGCAAUGUUGCGCGUACCUGGGCAUUUGAGACUGGUGUUUUGGUUGGCCAAAACAUGGAUCGAACCCUUCCUUACAAUGAAUAUUACGAGUACUAUGCACCCGAUUUCGAGCUCAACGUAAGGUCUUCGAAUAUGGAAAAUUCCAAUAGCCGGGAGUAUCUUGAAAAGAUCAAGGCCGCCGUCGUCGAUAACCUACGUCAAACUGGACCCGCCCCAUCUGUUCAAAUGCAAGAUGUUCCACGAAAGCCAUUCGGUGGAAUGACCGAUGAGGAAGAAGCCGAGCUCGACGACCUCGAUGAAGACGAAAACAAAGAUGUCCGAAUGUCAGAGCAUCAAUGGGACAAGCAUAUUGAAAACAAGGCCGAAUUUGAGCCCAGCGACGAUGACGAUCACGCUCGCGCCAAUGGGGCCACUCGUGACAGCGGAAGCAAGAGAACAUUUACCGAUUUUGGGGCAGAGGAGAACUCGGAGUUAGAUGGCAAGCGAAGCAAAAAUGGCGGUGCCGAGGCGAAUGGGGCUGAGGUCGUAGCCGACGAAGGAAACGAUCCAGACGACACCAUCGACGAUAUUGCUGUAAACGAACAAGCAGAAAAGGACGUUGUUUCCGAGAAGGAGCAAGCAAAGGAGACGCCAAAGGAGACGGUUGACAGUGAUGGGGAUGUUGGAAUGGCCGACUCGACCACUGCAGAGGAUUCGACUACGAUCAAGAAGGAAGAUGCUGAACCUGAGGUCCUGAAAACAUCCGCAACAAUCGACGAGCCAGAUGUGGCCAAGAAGACAUCAGAUAAAGCUGAGGCUGACAAGCCGUCUGAGACAGAGGAUAAGGCCAAGGAAGCCGAGACCCCGAAAGAACCAAAGGAGACUGCAGACAAGCCCACAGACAAGGGUGAGUCUGAGGCUAUGGAAGUUGAUCAACCAAAGGAUGAUGCGGAUAAGGGCAAGGAAGAGAAGACGGGUGAUUCCGGAAAGGAGAACGCAACGUCAGGCAAGGGUGCCGAGGAGGGAAAGAAAGAAGAGGAAAAGAAAGGCGACGGGAAGCCCUGA